AUGGAUGAACAAUAUCCAGUCUCUAGAUUUUGUGGCACCGUCAGUUUACAAGAUGCACUCGUCAGACCGAUCCUUUUGAGCAGUAAUAUCUCAUAUAAUGAUAUGAAUCUGCAGUUUGGAUGUGGAUUCCUCUGCUAUGGCAGUCCUUGUGACACAGGCUACCUACUUGCAACUUUCUUUGCUGUUUACGACAUUGAUGGUAGGCUGUUUGAUAUGGAAAUGUCUUUUGACUAUCCAACUGAUACCCUGCUGCGAGGGCAGAAAUUAAAGGCAGGACAGAAGAUUACAGCAAACAUUUCUCAUAAGAAUACAAGCCAAUGUCGUUUCUAUUGUACCUUGCUUCAUGAUAGUUUUGCUAUGUUUACAGCCUCUGCACCUGCUAAAAUGUAUUUCAGAUAUCCCGAGACACGUGCAGGUGUUGAGUUCUCUUAUAUUCAGUUCGACAAUCAGUCCGUCCAUAUAUAUUCUCAAGGAGGAGGACCACCGUCAAUCAAUUUAUCAGUAUCCAAAACCUACCUUUACUUUAGGUUAGAUUCAGAUGGACAUUUAAGGGUUUGCUCCAUCCUCCAAACAACGGGAAGAUCUUCCCCUGACUAUCUGCCAUCCUUUAUGAGAUCAGUGGCUGAGUGCGAUUAUCCAAGACCAUGCGGAGACUAUGGUGUUUGCACAAAUGGUCAGUGCAGCUGUCCAACAAAUGGCAAUGCUUUCAAACCGAUUGAUGUCACAGAACCCAAUUUCGGAUGUGUUCCUCGCGUUCCUCUGGUGUGCUCAGAUAAAAGUAGGCGCAAAGAUCAUCACUUUUUGGAACUGGAGCACGUUUCCUACUUUACAUAUGUUUUCGAAAAUGCCUCCAGACCAGGAUUGAUUUCAUCUGAGGAAUGUAAAAGACUUUGCCCUGAAGACUGCUCUUGCAAAGCAGCUUUUUUCAGGUAUGAGGCCAAUUUUUGUACUGGUUAUUGCUAUCUAGAGUCCAAUAUCUAUUCUAUGAAAACUAAUAGUCCAGUACAUGAGUUUUACAAUUCCGCUGCUUAUAUUAAAAUCCAGUCAAGGUCCAAGCGCAGUAAAUACUUGGUUGUCGUCAUCAUCUGUGCUUCUGUGGGCGGAGCGCUAGCUCUAUUAAUCUUAUUGUGGGCAUGGAUAAAUAAGUCUCAGAAUAGCAGACAGCAGACAGAAAAGGAUGAAGAUGAUGGUGAGCAUGAUCAUGUAGAUUGGCCAGGACGCUUACCAUUGUCGUUCUCAUUCCAAGAUUUGCAAGACGCAACAAAUGGCUUUAGUAUGAAGUUAGGAAGAGGAGGGUUCGGGUCAGUUUACGAAGGUGUUUUGGCUGACGGCUCAAAGAUAGCAGUGAAGCGCCUUGAUGGGGCAGGACAAUAA